AUGUCAGAGCCAAAUGCAGCGCCUUCCGGAGACGACAACAAAAAGUCGGACAGUGAGCACAUUAAUCUCAAAGUAGUUGGAAAUGAUCACAACGAAGUGUUUUUCAAAAUCAAGCGAACGACUCAAUUAAAGAAACUCAUGGAUGCUUACUGCGAGAGGCAAGGCAAGUCCAUAAACUCGGUUCGAUUUCUCUAUGACGGCGAACGUGUACAACCGCAUAACACACCUAAUGAGCUGGAGAUGGAGGACGGCGAUGCGAUUGAUGUUAUGGUCGAACAAAUAGGUUGA